AAAACACAAACCCUAUCUUUUCUUCUUCUUCUUCUUCGUUCAGUCUUCACUUUCUUUUCUUUUCUCCGCCACCACACAAAUACAUUCUUCAUUCUUUGUAACUUUCACGCUAUUCUUCCUCAAUAUAUUCAUUCGACCUCCUCUCUUCAUUCUUAAUUUCUCAAAAAUCUUAUCUUUCUCCCUCAUUUUUCCCGUCGAGGGUUCCUUAAUCUCCUUCCUAGGAACGUUUCAUCGAUUUCAUAUUUGCUUUCCUUAAUCCACAACGUUUCUUCCUUCGUUUUUUUCUGCAAUUUUGUUUUCCUUUACACCAAAUUCAUCUCUUAGUCUUGUCCAAUUUUCGAUUUUUUUUCCGACAAUCCUGAUUGUUUGUUUUUUUAUCUGUCGGGAUUUCGAAUGGCGCUUGCGUAUGAUCCUCUCUUCAUUACAUCGGACAAAUCUUUGUCCGCCUUUGAUGUUGCCUCUUCACCGCCUCAGCCCAUGAAUUUAACACAAGACGAGCUCAAACGUAUCGCCGCUUACAAAGCCGUGGAAUUCGUCGAGUCCGGCAUGGUUCUCGGUCUCGGAACCGGCUCCACCGCCAAACACGCCGUCGACCGAAUCGGCGAGCUUCUCCGUCAAGGCAAACUCGAGAACAUCGUUGGUAUACCAACGUCUAAGAAGACGCAGGAGCAGGCUCUGUCUCUCGGCAUCCCUCUCUCUGAUCUCGACGCACACCCUGUCAUCGAUCUCUCCAUCGACGGCGCAGACGAGGUCGACCCUUUUCUCAACCUGGUAAAAGGCAGAGGAGGGUCUCUGCUUCGAGAGAAGAUGAUCGAAGGAGCUUCUAAGAAGUUUGUGGUGAUUGUUGACGACUCCAAGAUGGUGAAGCAUAUUGGUGGAAGCAAGCUUGCUCUUCCGGUGGAGAUAGUGCCCUUUUGCUGGAAGUUCACGGCGGAGAAGCUCCGGAGUCUGCUGGAAGGAUACGGGUGUGAAGCGAAUCUUCGGUUGGGAGAGAAAGGGAAGGCCUUUGUGACAGACAAUGGGAAUUACAUAGUGGAUAUGCAUGUGGAAGAGGAUAUGGGAGAUUUGGGAGCAGUGAGUGAUGCGAUUCUGAGGCUACCGGGAGUAGUGGAACAUGGGAUGUUUCUGGAUAUGGCUUCUACUGUUAUCAUUGCAGGUGAGCUUGGUGUUAAGAUCAAGAACAAACACUGAAACACACACCACACCUCUUCUCGUUGAUUUUGGCCUUUAUGUAUUAGGAGACAGAGGAUUAUGGUUUGCUCUAUGGUUUAGAUGAUAUGAGAUUAGGUUUUGGAUGAUGUCACUGUGAGGAGGAUGAAUGACUUUCUUUUGACAGAGUUUUGGAUGCAUUGACAUCGUCGUCAUCAUCAUCAAUCAAUCUUGUAAACAGCAUUUUGCUUCUUCAUUGCCUUUGUUGUGUUUGAAUGCUCUUCUUUUACUACUGGGCCUGUGUUGGGCUUUGCU